AUGGCGUCCUCAAGACUCCUUUCAAUAUUGUUUCUUCUACUUGUAGCUGUAGCCACUAAUGCUGCAACACCAAAGAUAACUUACGGAAAGUGCCCUUCCACAAUUCCCCCAGGUGUAGACUGUGGACGGAUCAACGUCCCUCUCGCAUAUCAAAGCGGCAAUUCCACCUCAGCCAAGGGCAAUGGAACAGUUGAACUUGUCUUUACUCGGUUGAACCACACUGGCAAAGGCGAGAAGCAAGGCGUUCUGUUCUUCAACACUGGCGGUCCUGGUGCAUCUGGCGCGAUACUCGUCGCAGGAAGUCCCUACGUCCCCGCAAUCGAAUUCUCGUCUGAUCUCCGAGACACCUAUGAUAUCAUCGGUCUCGACCCCCGCGGUGUAGGCGUCAGUAGUCCUGUCGAGUGCGACCCUAAAGUGUUCAACCAACGCGUCAAGACUUAUGUAACGACUGAUGAGGAAUACGAUGCUCUUUACAACUACAGUCGUAAAGUUGGCGAGAGUUGUGCAAAGUUGACCGGCCCCUUGAUUGACCAUCUCGACUCCGUUCAUGUUGCAAAAGACCACCAAGUCGUGCUCGAAGCUCUCGGGGAAUCCAAAUUCAAUUACCUCGGACUUUCUUACGGAACUCUUCUCGGUUAUACGUAUGCGUCCCUGUUUCCCAAGUCUGUCGGCCGAAUGGCUCUCGAUGCUAUCGUGGACCACUCACAAUCCGAGAUCGGAGCUCUCCUCGCAGAAUCUACAGGCUACGAAACUACUCUUAAUGAGUUCUUCGACUGGUGCGAAAGAAACUCUACUUGUGCUCUCCACGGCAAGAAUUCAAGCGGUGUAUGGGACCAGGUGCUCUCGCGCGCAGACUCAAAGCCCAUCCCAGCACCAGGCUGCAACGGCACAUGUCGCUCUGAUGUGAACGGCGAAGAGAUCCGUUAUAACGUACAAAGCUUCCUGACAUUCCAAUAUCUCACCUUCGGUCCUAACUGGCUCGAUCUUGCAGACGCUCUCCUUCAGGCCAGCAGAGGCAACGCGACAGCCCUAUCCACGCCAACCCCUAAUUCCCGCAUUGUUCAAGAUCCAAGCGGUUCACCGUACAAUUACCUCGCCAUCGGAUGUCAAGACUGGCUUCAUAACUCUAAGAACUCUGUCGAUUUACGCCAGAAGCUCAUCAACGCUGUAACGUUUGCACCACGAACGCUUGGUAUGUCGCAGACAUACUACUACGAGAGCGCGUGUAUCGGAUGGCCUGCACCGUUGACAAAUCCACAAGGACCCAUCGCUAGCGGUAUCAAGGAUGCGCCGACAAUUCUUAUUGCGGCUUCUGUAUAUGACCCUGAGACGAGUGUGACAAAUGCAGAGGGACUCAGGGAGCAGUUGACAAAAAGGGACACAACCCCUGGUGUCAUCACGAUCCGUCGAGCUGCAUAUCACAAUGGGGCUAUACCGUCUUAUGCCAUCGAUCGUCACCCUACUGUUCAACGCAAGCAGAUUGUAUUUCUAAGCACGUCUCACAAUCGUCGUAUUGGCAGCUUUGUGUCACUCCGGACCUCGGCAUCCCACUGUGCCGACCCACACGGAACUGGUGGAGUCAAAUUACCGGCGCUGUUCAAGAUCACAGUCACCUCGGACACCAUCUGCCCAUGGUGCUACGUUGGUCGCAGACAGCUCCAAGCCGCCCAGCGCCUGUGGGAGCAAAAGUACCCCAACUCCAAUGACACCUUUGCCGUCAGCUACCAACCCUUUCAACUGAAGCCCGAUUGGCCCCGAGGUCCCGGUUCCAGCGUCUCCAAGGAAAAGGUUUACAAUGAGAAGUUCGGCAAGGAGCGCGUGGCUAUGAUGCACAAGCACCUAAGCGGCGUCGGAGAGAGUCUGGGCAUCAAGUUCAAAUAUGGUGGACAGACUGGAAACACUAGGGAUUCGCAUCGACUGGUGCAAUUGGCCAAGAAGUAUGGCGAAGAGACUGAAGGCAAGGCUCUUGAUGGCCUCUUUGCCGCGUAUUUCGAGGAAAACGAAGAUAUCACCAGUUACGACAUCUUGAAGAAGGUGGCGGUUGAUGCGGGUAUCCCGGAGGCCGAGUUCCAGAAGGCCAUUGUCGACAGCGACGAGUUCGGUCCCGAAGUGGACAGGCUAUCGGAAGAGGCGCACUACAGUGGUGUCAGUGGAGUGCCUGACUUUGUGAUGCAGGAUCGAUUCCGACUUUCUGGCGCCAACGAUCCAUCGACGUUUGUCAGUGCUUGGGAGAAGAUUAAAGCGGCUGAGGGCUCAUGA